AUUCGGGAGUAGGAGGACCAAUAUAAAACGGGCAAUGUAUCCAAAAUUCGACAUCAGUUCAAACCUUCCGAGUCCGAACGACAAAACCCAACCAAUUCCAUUAUGAAGAUGAUCAUUGCAUUCGCCGCCCUCGUGGCCGUAGCUCUCGCAGCUCCCCAACAAAACCCAUCAGAGGUCUAUGUCGUCAAGGAACAACCCCACGACAACAUCGGAGUCGGUGGUUACAGCUACAGUUACGAAUUGUCGAACGGUGAAGCCAAGCAAGAAUCGGGUCAGUUGAUAAACGCCGGAUCUGAGAAUGAGGCCGUCGUUGUAUCGGGAAGCUUCUCGUACGUGGACCCCGCAACCAACCAGAAAUACACCGUUACUUACACCGCUGAUGAGAACGGUUUCCACCCAGUCGGUGACCACAUCCCUGCCUAAAUUCUUUCAAAGAAUGUCAGAUGAUCCGACACUGCCAUAGAAACUGCUAUUUAAUAGGUCUAACGAAUGAAUUAUUGAGUGACGAAUAAAAACUAGUUGAGGACUCGUUUUACGAAA